AUGUCGAGCAACAAAAACCCCAGUUUUAAUUGGGAAAAAUUAAAAGAAAAUUUUUAUAGAAAUAGGUGUAUUUCAACAACUUUUAAAUGGCCAACAAUAACAGCAAAAGCAAAUCACUCUAACCUAUAUGCCAUUUCCUACACAUCAAUAGCUGUAUAUCUAUUGGAUAGUAAUAAAAUUGAAGUUUACAAUUAUAAAAUCAAUUUACUAUGUUCCAUUGAUGUGUCCGAAAUUGUUACAGAUGACCAACACAAUGAAAAUGAAAAUAAACUGAUUAAAAUAUGGUUAGAUUAUUCCAAUGACGAUUUAUACAUCGUUACACAAAAAUUUAUUAGGAUUGUUUAUAGUUGGAACCCCAUUGAGUUUAAAGAUAUUAUUAUUGAAAAUGAUCAAGACCAAGAGAUUUGGGACAUGAAGGAUAAAUUUAUCGUAACUAAAAAUCAUCAAGAUAUUUAUAAAAUUGCUACUAAUCCCAAUAACAGGUAUUCAAUUGAAAAAAUUAUCGAAAACGAUGGCAAAUUUACACUACUUACAAAAGAUCAUUGGGAUGCUAAUACCGAGAUUAUCAUAUUAUUAGACAUAACUUAUAUUUUUAUGCUUAAACACUGUUUACCUACUGUUGAUAUCAGUAAAAUUGACUCAGAUACAGCUUGGCAAAAGGUAAUUUUAUCCAAAACAUCGAAUUCUGUUUUAUUUUAUAACAAUAAAACAAAAAAUUUGCAUAUAAUCAAUGAGAACGGUAAACGUGUAGAUAGUGAUAUUUCCUUAACCAAUACACCACAACAGCUUGCUUGGUGUGGAAAUGACUCGAUCGCAUGUUUUUUUAAAUUGAAUAGUUACAAUGAAGAUGACAAUAAACAUGAAUUGUAUUUAUAUGAUACACUUACUGGUACACACGUUUCAUUUUGGUAUCUUGAAGAAAUAAGUUUUAUUGAAUCGGUUAGUGAUGGGGUGAAAGUGUUUACAGAUAAGAAUGUCUAUCUAAUUUCAAAGGUACCUUGGUCAACAAAAAAUAUUUUCAGAUUAGGUUCAACAAGCUCUAGUGCCAUUUUAUUUGAUUGUUUGAAUUUAUUAGAGCAUGGUUCUAAACCAAGGGCAAUUGAAAAUAUGCGGUCAAUUAAUCUAGAAGAAGCUAUUGAAGAAUGUAUAGAUGCUGCUGCUGAAGAAUUGGAUCCCAUAUUACAAAAAAAGUUACUUCUCACCGCCUCUUUUGGAAAGGGAUCUUUGAUUAACGUUACCAGUAAAAAAGUCAAUACCAUAUCACAGAAUUAUGUCAAAACCAUUAAGUUCAUUAGAUUCAUGAAUAAUUUAUCUUCUAUAACAGGUAUUUUGCUAACAAAUGAUCAAUUUCAAUAUGUAGGCUUUCCAAAUUUAAUUCUUAAUUUAGUUAAAUGGAACGAUGAAUUUUUAAAAUGUAUUGCAUUGUGUAAGUUUUUGGAGCUUAAUGGCUUGAUUGCAGACAUUGUCUAUAAUUGGAGUAAAAGAAAGAUACAAAUAGCAAGUGAUGAAGAUGAUGAUGUUUUAUAUGAAAGUAUUGUGAAUAAAAUUGACAUAGGUGAUGGCACUGAAAUUUAUACGCUAAAAGAUUUUCAAUAUUCCAGGUUGGGUAUCAUUUGUUAUAAUGAAGGUAGAUUAGGACUGGCUAAAAAGUUUACUAUACUUGAUUCUAAUGUUUUUGAAAAAGUGAAGACGCUGCUAAAAUUGGAAGAAAAUGAAAGUGCUUUGGAAUAUGCACACAGCUCUGGUAAUCCAGUGGUAGAAUUGUAUUGUUUGCUUUGUUUGCAAAGAAAAUUGUCUCAGGGACAAUUUACAAGAAUUCUAAGCUUAAAAGUCGAAAAGGGUGGUAUUUUGGCUAUAUAUUUAUCCGAUAAUUACGAAUUUUUAUUCGAUUUUUAUAGACAAAUUGACGAUUAUUCUAAAUUAGGCGACUUAAUACUAAGUAAAAAUGAAGCACGAACUGUUAUUGACCAAGUUGCUGAUUUGAAGAACAGAAGUGAUGAUCCCUUGAAAAAAAUAUAUAAUAGAGAGGCUGAGUUAAUAAAAUACCAAAAAGAAUUGUCAUCAAAAUAUGAUAUGACCGAUAUAGUAGGGUGUUCUAUGAAUGAGACGCUUAAAAAGUUGUUGCAGUUCAGUAGUAACAAGAUUAUAAAUAGCUUCAUUAAAAAAUUUUCCCUCAAUGAUGAUGUCAUAAAUUUAACAAAGUGCAAAAUAUAUCUCGAUACCAAAAGGUAUGACCCAUUAUGGACCUUGAUAAAUAGCAAGAAAAAUUUAAUUGGGAAUGAAAAUAUUAUAAUGACAAUAUAUAAAAAAUUAUACUACUUGCAUGACGCCAAAACAGAAGCUGUAAAAUACAUCAAAUUUAUUGCCACGAACUCAUACAACUACGAAAAGAAAUUAAAAAUGUAUUUGGAGUGUGGUGAUUACCUGAGUGCCGCCCAGUUGGCAACAUACGAAAAGGAUUCAGUUAAAUUACAAUCCAUAUAUGAUACGUGUUCUGACGAAUCUGUUAAAUUGCAGAUAAAAAACUUUUUUAAGAAAAUAUGA